AUGGGGCCGCCGGCGCUUUCUUCCCGCAGUGGCAGAAGCGACAGCUUCAGUAACCGCAACAGUGAUUGGCGCAGCGGCGGAAGUGACACCCGCAGUGACCGCGACUGGCGCACUGGCGAAACUGGCCGCGGCUUUAGUGGCGAAAACGACCGUUCGGCCGAUGCCGCCGCCGACUUCGCGGAAGUCGCAGCCGCCGGGACGGUUCCGGCAGGAGAAGGGAGGAUCGCCAGCGUGCGACAUGCCUCAUGGGGGGAAGAGGCAUGGGGGGGGAAGCGAGGAGAGCGGGGAAGGGAAAGAUGGGGGCAGGAGGAGGAGCGUGAGAGAGGGGAGACGAGGGGGGCAUGGAGGGACGAGCGCCCUUCUUAUCCUCCUCCUCUUCCUCUCAAUUAUUCCAGCGCUGUUCCCGCCACCCAAUCUCCGCUUAUGCUUCCCCCCGAGGCCCGCUCAUCGUCCCCCCUUCCGCCUCCUCCCCCGGCCCCCCAUCCCCAUAGCAAACAUCUUUCCGACAGUCAUGCGGCGGCCGUUCAAAAGUCCGAGUCUGAAAAAAGAUGCUUCUCCCUGAAUCAUACUGCUAAUAUGUCCGAUACGCCGGUUUUUGAGACUUCGCUUGACGAUUCUCGCCCUUCUUUGAAUUGUCAAGCGCGUGGGGGAGCGGAUGGGCGGCGAGGGGAGAGAGUGGGGGAGAGGGAGUGUGUGACACGGGGCGAGGAGGAAGUGGGGGAGGAGGAGGGGGGGGAGGGAGAGGAGGGAGGGGAGGAGUGGGAGAGUGAGGAGGAGAGUGAGGAGGAAGGGGAGGAGGUGGAGAAGGGAAGUGGAGGGGGGAGUAGGCAGCAAGAUGCAGCCGCGGCAACGAUGAGAGAGACGACUCCGCUUGCAGUAGCAGCGGCAAUGAGAAGGGCUGUGCCAGGGGCUGCGCCCAAUCCUGUGCCUGUAUCUGCUCCAGGGACAGUGGGAAAUGGUAAACCUGUUUCUGCUGCUGCUGCUGCUGCUGCUGCUGCUGCUGCUGCUGUUGGUGGUGGUGGUGCUGCUGCUGCUGCUGCCAGUGCUGCUGUUAGUGCGGCUGGUGGGGCGUGGGGGGGAGCAGGAAGAGGAGAGAGGAACGCUCCAAAACGCCACCAGCAGCAGCAGAGGCUGUUAGGCCGAAGCAAUCUAGAAACACUUAGAGAGGAUGAAGAAAGGGAGGUAGUGGGGAAUAGGGGCGGAGGGGCAGAGGAGGAGGAAGAUGAGGAGACGGAUAGGGACAGGGAACCGAAAGAGGACAGGAGAGAUGGGGAUGGAGACACGUGGCAGUCAGGAGGGGAUAGGGGACACUCAGGGCGUGGGGGAGAGUCAAGGCAUGGGGGAGAGUCAAGGCAUGGGGGAGAGUCAAGGCAUGGGGGAGAGUCAAGGCAUGGGGGAGAAUUAGGGCAGGGGGGCCAUGGGCGUGCUGCUAGUAUGGAUCUCAACAAUCCACCCAAGACGCGACCUCCUGUACAUGUGAAUCCCCUCCCACCAGCUCGCCCACCUGUACCACCUGAAAACACACCUGAUCUGCACAGAAACAUACCUGACCUGCGCAGAAACGCACCUGACCUACGGGAAAGCACACCUGAUCUUUCUCCUGAAGACCUGGCCAUGUUCCAUUCCUUUGCUCACUUUGAAUCCACACUCCCGCCGAGCCUCAGCCAUCCGAGCUUCCAUUCUUCCGAACCUUGGCUGGCAGUGGGCACAUCAGGAGGGAAGGAAGCUUCCAAGUUAGAGGCAACGAUGCGACUUCGGUGUUUACGAAGAGACGAGGGAGAGGAGGGAGGUAGGGAAGAGGAGAGAGAUGAGGGAGAUGAGGGAAAUGAGGGAAAGGAGGGAGAGGAGGGAACAGCAGGACAGAAGGAGGAAGUGGAGGAGGGAGAGGGGGAGAUGCCUGAAGCGGGUGUUAUCCCGAACCUGCCUGAGAAGUGGAGGCUCGUGUCGAGGCUCGGCACAAGGCUGAGCCUGAUUGAGGACCGAGGCUCAGGGCAGAGGUUCGUCGUGCAGCGGCUGGAGGUUCGGGAAGAGGUUCGGGAGGAGGUUGGGGUGCAAGCGGGGAAGAAGAAUGGUUGUGUGGGGAGUGGGAGUGGGAAUGGGAAUGUGAAUGGGGGUGAGGCAAAGACACGAGCGAGUGUGGAGGGCGGGAGGGUGCGCGAGCUUCAGAGGAAGGUGGCUCUGCUGCUGAAGCACAGCCAUGAGAACGUGGUGCCUUGUAUCGGAGCCAUCCGCGCCAACCCUGCCGCUGCUGCUGCUACUGGUGCUGCUGCUGGUGCUGCUGCUGGUGCUGCUGCUGGUGCUGCUGCUGGUGCUUCCCCUAACGAGGAGUCUGGGCGGGCGGGCGAGUCAGUGGUGGUGUUUGCGGCCUUUGAGUUUGUGCCGUCGCCGCCGCUCUCCCAGCAGCUGCAGGAGUGUGGCCCCAUGCCGGAGGACACACUUGCUUUCUGCCUCCGACAGGUGCUAGAGGCCCUUCACUCGCUGCAUUCCCACGGCAUCACCCAUGGAAACAUCCGCCCAUCCACGGUCUUUGUCCCGGACGAUGGGGUUGUGCGACUGGCCGGCAUUGCUUGGCUGGAGUCCGAUGGGUCUGGGACCUCGAAAAGCAGUAGCAGCAGCAGCAGCCAUGGUUGUAGGGACAGCCGAGUGUCCCGCCUGUCUCCUGAAGCCAUCAGAGAGGAAGAAGUGGGGCCUCCAUCUGACGUGUGGGCCUUGGGGUGUCUGGCUGUUGCCAUGGCGACAGGAGCAGAGCCGUGGGCUGGCAUCACAAACAGCGAGCAGGUGAAGCUCUUCAUUGCUCACAGUCGAGACCUACCUGAGCUACCACCUGAUUCUUCACCUGAGUUCACAGACUUUGUCGCAUCCUGCUUGAACCGCGACCCGUCAAAGAGGCCAUCAGCUGGAGCCCUCAUAAGCCAUCCUUUCUUAGCAGUAUCAUAG